AUGACGCUGGAUAAAGACGGACGAGAUGUAGUUUUUUCGUCUGACCUCUACCGCAUGCACUCCGGGGACUUCAUUUCGCAGUCUUUCGGGCCUCUUGGUCAGGGCGUCUCGGUGCAUCUUGACCAAGCACAGCAGGACUACUCCAACAAGGAGGAAACGUUUCCGCAGUUGGAAGUGCAUACAGGCCAUUUUCGCGAUGGGGUUUUGAUACGGGGUCUGAAGCAACGCGGCCAAGUCGUGGAGGUCGGGAGCUUUUCUCGUCUGGGAGAAACACGAACCGGCCUCGACCGGGAUUCGUUCAGAGUACGUAAGACGUCUUCACCUAGUACGGGGGCACACGGUUACAUAGUCAUCGACGCGAGAACUGGCGCUUUAAUAUUGCGAGACGAAGGCGAUGAUGAUGAGGCUGAAAAAUGGGCGUUCUCGAAAGCAAAGACACAGCCUCGUUCAACAAGUGCAGCUGUGGCAACAGCUGAUACUGCGAACAAGGAGCGCCCUGCCGACGAAGCUCUGUCACCUGGUAGGUGGACGACCCGAGGAAGGGCAUGGGAAAGAACGUGGUCCUCGAGGGCGCGCCGUGCAGAUGCCAGCAAAAAUGUUCUUUCCUUGCAGAUGGUGCACCACCAGCUGCCAUCAUGCUCCACCCGAAGAUCUCGAAGUGAGCAGGGCGCGUGUGCUGGUUCACCGCAGAAUGUUGUACCUCCACCUGAUGCUGGCAGCUUGGAUCAGAUCAUGCAGGAGGUCAUCAACCGUAAGACCGUCAGCAGGGAUGAAGCCGCAGCUGAAGGUGAAGAUCAUGAUCAACACGUUCUUUUUGAGAUUGCGUUACAGCCGUGGUUAUCAAAUGUAAAAAUGUCUGGGUCUGGAAGAGUGUGGCGCUGUUUAUGCGUGACGGAGAAUGUCUGGCAUGCAAGUCCUAGCAUCACAGGUUUUGAGCUUGUUUCGCAAUGCUUAAUCCGCAUGGCAAGUUCCCUCUCUGAGUGAGGACAAGAAGUGAGCAGCUUUUGCAGUCCAUGCAUAACAGAUUUUUGUCUGGUCGAAAAUGCGCAUCAGAAGUUUACAUGUUUCCAGACCCAGACACGUUUGCAAUGCAUAGUGGUGUCGCGGGUUUUUGGGGAAUGAUCUGCAUCUUCUACUACACCGCGAAUUUGGAGACGUUCUUGGUAAGCGGGUUGCUCUUCCCGCCGAUGAGGCUGCUAGGGAACGAAUGCUGCGGAUCUUCCUUUGUGAGGACGGACGUUAUAGUCGGGGGGCGCCGGGCAUUCAUUACCUUGAGGAGCUGCGCUCAGAGUCAGACGACUUGGUCGUGGCCGCCGGCGUGAAAAAAGGACAGGAGGGCGGACGAACGCCUCCUUGUUCCCCGGAGGCUAGUAAUACUAGCUCGGGGGAAGGAAUCUCUAGGGAAAAUAGUGCGG